CAACUCUACAGAUCACUUCACUGAUUUCUUCUAUACUCUGAGGAGAGAAGUUUCUCGAUAAAACAUGUCUGGAAGAGGCAAAACCGGAGGAAAAGCCCGCGCUAAGGCUAAGACUCGCAGCUCCCGUGCUGGUCUGCAGUUCCCCGUCGGCCGUGUGCAUCGUCUCCUGCGUAAAGGCAACUACGCUGAGCGGGUAGGUGCUGGUGCUCCCGUCUAUCUAGCUGCAGUUCUAGAGUACCUCACAGCUGAGAUUCUCGAGUUGGCGGGAAACGCUGCAAGAGACAACAAGAAGACUCGUAUCAUUCCUCGCCAUCUUCAGUUGGCCGUCCGUAACGAUGAGGAGCUGAACAAACUGCUCGGUGGAGUGACCAUCGCCCAGGGAGGUGUUCUCCCCAACAUCCAGGCCGUGUUGCUGCCUAAGAAAACUGGCCAGGCUGUCCAAAGCACUGGCAAAUCGGGAAAGAAGGGUUCUUCCCAGUCACAGGAGUAUUAAAAACUACGAUGAACUGAGUUAACUUAACUACCCAAAGGCCCUUUUAAGGGCCACCCAAUUACUCGGAAAAGAGCUAAUGUUAGUUCCUUGUGUUUUGAAUUCUGGUCGAAGUCUGUAUAGAGACCUUUUGCAUAUUAAACUGUCUUUUUUUUU